GGCUAUUAAAAGUCCGAUCGAUUGGAAUUCGGUCCUUUCACAUGAAUACCUUCCUAAUUCAGAAUUGGCAAAACGACAUCAAGGUACAUCGCUGGAUUUUUCCGAUGAUCGGGGUGUUAUUUUGAGACAUGCAAUUUCGAAAGAACAUUUCGAAACACCGAU